UAACAACAUAAACAACUCGAGCACCAGCUAUCCAUUUUAUUUCCUACAAGUGCAACGAGCGUGAUAUUAAAAUGGGAAAGCAUAAGCACGGAAAUCGGAAGCGUUUCCUUUGCAAUGUGGACGUUCCUCUGUCCCGUACAAGCGUCAGCGUGUUGAAAUCAUCUAUCGGCGAGAAUGUUCUUCCACCUCCGCUGAAAUCGAUCCUUAAACCACCCGCCUCAUCCGGCUUCAUCCGGCCAUCGAUUGAGCCACCAUCAUUCGCCACGGCAGCACCAUCAACUUCCGAAGCAACAAAAUACAAGCAACCAGAACUACAUACUAUGCUCGGUUUAAGCAAGCGGAUAGAAACGGUUAAGAAAAUGGAAAUUCAACCAAUCACCAACAUGACCCAGCUGACACCCAGCAGUAAAAAACGCGUUAAUACACAGAUCACUAAGCAGCUAAAUCAUCAGUACGAUCAGGCUGUGUUCAAAAAGCUUGCACCGGUUAACGUGAACGAUACGGUGUUACUGCCCGCUCCCGGUAGCCGUACAACCGCCACAGCCAAAUCAAAGUAUUUUUUCAAGGACAAAAAGGACCCGGAACCAACGCUAAGCGAUUACUUGCGUCCAAUUCCACGAUUUACGAUUGACUUUGUACCGAACGUUUCGACACCAAAUUUGGGGCGCGUUGCUGCAGGGGACUCCUGGAACAACUUCCACAAUAUCGAGUACGUGCUGCGGAUAAUGGAGGAACACUGAGCACUUCUUAUUCCGACCGAUCGAUACAUUCUUAAGCACAUUCGAGACGAGUAUGCGUCGUAUUUGAGCAUUUAUUGAAAUGUUUGUUGUUUCUAGAAA